AUGGGAAAGCAGAUCGACCUCAACGAGCUCAAGAACCACAAGUCGGCCGACUCGGCAUGGGUUGCCGUUGACGGCAAGGUCUAUGAUGUGACUGAGUUCCUCGACGACCACCCGGGUGGAAAGAAGAUCCUGCUCAAGAACUGCGGCAAGGACGCUACCGAGGCUUUCUGGACCUACCACGGCGAGAAGGUGCUCGAGAAGACCGGCAAAGACUUUGAGAUCGGCGAGUUCAAGGACUCCGCCAAGCUCUAG